ACGGGCCUCCCUGGGCUGCUUCGGGGGGGUACUUAGGGGGCCGGGGCGGGCCUGAUGAGUAACCGCCCCCGCGUCCCAGAGGGAGAAGCCUUUACAUCAGUCGGUCGGCCCCGGCUCCAUGGCCUCGGCUUCCCGCCGCCGCCGCCGGGAGCGCCGCUUCCGUCGGUACUUGUCCGCGGGUCGCCUGGCCCGGGCGCAGGCCCUCCUCCAGCGACACCCAGGCCUUGAUAUAGAUGCUGGGCAGCCCCCCCCACUGCACCGGGCCUGUGCCCGCCACGAUGCCCCCGCCCUGUGCCUGCUUCUGCGGCUGGGGGCUGACCCUGCCCACCAGGACCGCCGUGGAAACACUGCCCUGCACGCUGCCGCUCGCCAGGGCCCUGAUGCCUAUGCGGACUUCUUCCUGCCGCUGCUGAGUCGCUGUCCCUCUGCCAUGGGAAUAAAGAAUAAGGAUGGGGAGACCCCUGGGCAAAUUCUGGGCUGGGGACCGCCCUGGGAUUCUGCUGAAGAGGAAGAUGAGGCGUCCAGGGAGCAUGAGUGGAGGCAGAAGCUGCAGGGAGAGCUGGAGGACGAGUGGCAGGAGCUCAUUGGGCGGCUCGAAGAUGAUGCUUCCUAUGAGGUCCAGGAACCCGAGUCCUACUCAGCCUGGUCACAUCGCCUGGCUCGGGAACAUGCCCAGAAGUGCCAGCAGCAGCGUGAGAGGAAGGGAGCCUGCCGACCCCCACGGGCUGAGAGCUCCAGUCUCAACUGGCAGCGGCAGGAGGAGGAGCAGCGGCUCUUCCGAGAGCGAGCCAGGGCCAAGGAGGAAGAACUGCGGGAGAGCCGAGCCAGGCGGGCACAGGAGAUUCACGGGGACCCAGGGCCCAGGGCCCAGCAACCCAGAGGAGCAGGGAGGGGCAGCCUCUGGCGCUUUGGUGACGUGCCCUGGCCCUGUCCUGGGGGAGGGGAUCCAGAGGCCAUGGCUGCAGCCCUGGUGGCCAGGGGCCCCCCCUUGGAGGAACGGGGGGCUCUGAGGAGGUACUUGCGGGUCCAGCAGGUUCGCUGGCACCCUGACCGCUUCCUACAGCGGUUCCGGAGCCAGAUUGAGACCUGGGAGCUGGGCCGCGUGAUGGGAGCUGUGACUGCCCUUUCUCAGGCCCUGAAUCGCCAUGCAGAGGCCCUCAAGUGACCUCCGGGAAACAAGGAGAAACUGCAGAAACACAGCCUUAGGGGCAGGGCAGCAGGAAGAGCACAGUCAAAAAUGGGGAUGAACAGGCCAGGCCUACGCUGCACAGCAGAGGAUGUGGGGUGGGAGCAAAGCUUGUCAUGAGCGGGUGGGGAGGACAGGCCACCACCGCUGCUCCUUCACUGCCGUUUCCUAGUAAGACCUGGUUCCACAUCUCUCUCCCGGCGGCUCUGCCUUUUUCCAUUGCUGUGGUUUUCACCACCCAUGACAUCUCCUUUCCCGCCCACCUGCCAAAACCCACAGCUCCUACACACCUGUGACACACAUGCACACACUAACACAUGCCCUGUGCUGGAGACCCGAAGCCCCCUGCAGGCCCACUGCAGGGUUGGUCCUGAGAAGGCCCAGUUUGCCCUCCAGUCUCACUCCACUCCCUACACCGGGCUCCCCUCUGCCAUCCGGCCAGAGAGAUAAAUGUGAACAGCAGCAAAAAAAAGGGAACAAAACCUGCUUCCUCCCCUCCCCUGUCCCCCAGGCCAGAACCACUUCCUCCUCCCCACCUGCACCCCCAGCACAGACAGGGCUUUCCCUUUGCUGAGUCACUGAACGGCCCACAGUGGGGGCAGCCAGAGCUGGGGACCAUCAGGAGACUGUGAGAGGUCAGGGGAUAGAAGGAGAAUGGAUGGAGGAAGAGCCCUGUGGGGGAGUGAAAUUUGUUUGCUAAAAUUAGGACAGGAAGUAGGCGGAAAGAGCCAAAUUAUGUAACUUGGGUUGUCUGUUCUUGGGCAACCGGGAUCCACACACAAGGAAAGAGUGAAGUAAAAUGGAGUCACUGUAGUCAGGCUGCUAUGUUACUGAAGCCAAGUAGGUUGAGGCCUGAGGAAAUGAUUCUGUUCUCAUUUUAACUAACCUGGGAACUUAAACUUCUGAGUUUUUUAGUCCUGCGUCAGGGCCUGGCAUACAUGAGACCUCCCUUAAGGACUCACCGUGCACAGUCACCUGACCUCCAUUAUCCAGACACGGGAUGGGACCAGAUUCCUUGGUGCACAUCUUCCUGACUGCCUAAUGUCUGAUGACCGUCCUGGACCAGGCCUGGGGCUGACACUGCUGAUCAUUCUCAAGAAUGCACUUUUUACUAUAAGAACUCAACUUUUCUUUCUUUGGAAACACUUCUGGGUUUUUGCCUAGUUAGGUUUCCGGUUUGCAAACCUGUGAAUAAAUCUCUAUCAUGUAUUUCUA